CUAGAAAUGGUGAAAUAGGAGAAUGGGAGCAGAAAAUUUCUGCAAUGUCAUACUACGUCGUGGACCUCUCCACUGGACUGGUAGGCAGCUCCUCAGUCCACAGUGACAAUUGGCUGGGCUCCUCUGUCCUCAGCUGCUUCCUGCUGCGUUUGUAGCUUCAACGACGUCCCUCGUGCACGUUGGGCUCAGUGCGAGAAAGUGCCCGCGCGGCUAAAGAUCAAAGUCCCCGCUUCUAGGCACCCUGUUUUAUCGGAACGUGUGAAGGUUAACGAGGUUUGCACAGUUUACUGCUAGUUGCAGCUGAAAGCUCCGGGCCUGUUGGAAGCAAACGGUCAAUUGAGGCGGACGAAGCGGCGCGGCUAGCCGGGAGAAAAGAACGCGGUGCCGUGGAAGGAGGACGGAAGAGCCGCUGUUAUCAUGACUGAGAAACGGAUGUCUCGGUGGUACUUUGGGGGGCUGGCCUCCUGCGGAGCAGCAUGCUGCACGCAUCCUCUGGAUCUUCUCAAGGUCCACCUGCAGACACAGCAGGAGGUGAAGAAGAGGAUGAUUGGGAUGGCCGUGCAUGUGGUGAGGAAUGAUGGGGUUCUGGCUCUCUACAACGGCCUCUCAGCCUCCCUUUGUCGACAGAUUACCUACUCCCUCACCAGAUUUGCCAUCUAUGAGACAGUCAGAGACAUGAUGGGUAGCACUGGCAAAGGACCAAUGCCCUUUUAUCAGAAGGUCAUGCUUGGAGCUUUUGGAGGAUUCACUGGUGGGUUUGUUGGGACACCAUCAGACUUGGUGAACGUUAGGAUGCAAAAUGACAUGAAACUACCAGCAGAACAGAGAAGAAACUACAAACAUGCUAUUGAUGGACUCUAUCGAGUCUUUAGAGAAGAAGGUGUAAGGAAACUAUUCUCAGGAGCCUCCAUGGCGUCUGGGAGGGGUGCACUAGUUACUGUUGGGCAGCUGGCAUGUUAUGACCAGGCCAAGCAGUUAGUAUUGGGAACCGGAGUGAUGGGAGACAAUAUACUCACACACUUUCUUUCCAGCUUCAUCGCUGGAGGCUGUGCUACGUUCUUAUGUCAGCCACUAGAUGUUCUCAAAACCAGGUUGAUGAACUCUAAAGGAGAGUACACUGGGGUGCUGCAUUGCUUGCGGGAAACAGCCAAGCUGGGUCCACUGGCAUUUUACAAGGGUCUAGUUCCAGCAGGAAUCCGCUUGGUUCCUCACACAGUCCUUACCUUCGUCUUCCUGGAGCAGCUGAAAAAGUACUUUGGCAUUCGCAUCAUCUCCUGAUCUGCUGGUUGGCUCAUUACUGCCAAUCAAACCCUCCACCAUCAUCCUACUCCUCUGAAUUCAUCAGAAAGGAAGUAGAGGGGGUACCUGAACAGUUUUUCAUUGUCCUUUGGGUACUUUCCCUCUUCCCUUUUCUCUACCUCCAUCCUACAAGUUGAUAUAAUGACUUGUAUCCAAAUGAGCCAAUUUCUUUUAUUCUCCUUACUGCCCCCAUUAUUGUAAGACUGAGAUGAAAAAAGCAACAGAUGUGUAGCUUCUGGAAUGAGCUUGAUAACAUUAAGAAAAUUUUAUUAAUAAUAUAAAUAGUAAUAAGAUUAACAUUUAAUAUUCAGUUCAGACUGUUAAUAUUUAACCUGCCAUAUUGGUAACGGAUUAGAUUUACCUUAAGCUAAUAAUAAAAUUAGAGAUUUAGUCUAACCUGAAACCUAAUCCAUUGCUAGUUAAUGUCAGAAGUCGCAUAAGUGAGAAAAAUCUGUAAACUAGUUUGAAUGAGUAUUUUAUAGUGCUCUAAAACAAUUACUGGUUUAUCAGCAGGGUGUACAGGAGCAGUGCAUGAUGUUCUGUUAUAAACAAACAAAGCAUGGCUUUAUCAGUGCCCAUCUGACCAAUGUCAAAUGGAUUUAUAAAGCCAUAAAUCUAACAGAACUCCAAACACAUUUGUAUCUCCCAGUAUUCUUCAUCAGCAGUUUUGACAAAAUAUGCUGCAGACUUGUCUGCUUUUGUUUCCCCUGGAUUAACUUCUUAAACUCAGAAUCAGACACUAACAGAUUAAAACAUAAAUGUAUGCCUGGUGCUUCUUUAAUUCAUUCCACCUUCCUUUUUACUGCACAUCUGGAAUAGAAGAGGACCAAGUUUGUUUGCAUCACUUUUUCUUUUUUCUUUUAAUACACAGCGAGUUGGUGAAGAAACUGAUAUGCAUACAGCUAAUUGUUGACAUUCUGAUUAUGAAUAAAAGCAACUUUGUGUCUUAGAUCCAAACUGAAUUCUGUGAACAUUUUGAGAAACCUGCUGUUCAAAUCGAGGGCUCGAUUUCAGCCUGAAAUGUUUAUUUUUUAUUUUUUAUGGGUGAAUGUACGUCAGCGUUUAUAAUCAAUGACCCUGAUAAAAAGGGCACCUCAUAGAAAGGGUCAAAUUUGUUUAACAUUAGCUGGCCUGCUUUAAAGCAACUGAUGUCAUUUGAUGUCUAAAAAACUCAAACUAAAAAUGUGAAUGAAUCCAAGUAAGACAUUCUCCUGCUGUCAUUAAUUUUCCUGUUAUUACUUCUUAGUGAGAUAUAAAGAAAUGCUUUCCUGUUAGUUGUGCCUGCUGAAGUCAUGUGGCCUUAUAGUUUCUGUCCUGCAGGGGGCAGUGUUGUUACAUGUAAAUUGACCUGUUUUAUGCACCAAGAAGUUCUCUCUUCAUCUCAUGAAUAUCUGUAUACAUUUUGUUGUUUAAAUUAAUUGAAAUGAACCAUUGGGACCGUUAUGGCUCAGUAAAUUUUAAUACUGUAGAUCUUUCACUUAGAUUUUUGAAAAUUAAAAGAAAUGAUUUAAAACUGUAUUCAGACCUUUUUUGUAACCAUUUGUGAUUCUGGUUCAAAAGUGCCUUGAAACUGUUUUGUCAAAA